AUGAAAAUGAUGAAAAAGUUAUUUUCCGUGUUUAUUUUAAUGGUUUUCGCGCAUUGUGUGUCAGGACUGUACUUUCACAUUGGAGAAACAGAAAGAAAAUGUUUCAUAGAAGAAAUUCCAGAUGAAACGGCCGUUUUAGUCCAUUACAAAGUUGAAUUAUUUGAUCCUCGAAGUGGUGGAUUCAUGCCAAGUAGUCCUGGCGUUGGAAUGCACGUUGAAGUUCGAGAUCCAGACGAUAAAGUCAUUCUUUCUAGGAUUUAUAGUUCAGAAGGUCGUAUCUCAUUUACUUCUCAUAUACCUGGAGAACACAUUAUUUGUUUGUAUUCCAACAGUACAGCAUGGUUUAGUGGAACACAACUGAGGGUACAUUUGGAUAUUCAAGUUGGUGAUCAUGCGAUUGAUUAUGCAAAUCUGGCAAAACGAGAAAAAUUAUCCAAACUCCAAUUGCGUAUCAGACAGCUACUAGAUCAAGUGGAGCAAAUAACGAAGGAACAAAACUACCAAAGGUAUCGAGAAGAGAGAUUCCGGCUGACGUCAGAAAGUACAAAUCAACGAGUUCUUUGGUGGUCUAUCACUCAAACUGUUAUUCUUUUGAUUAUGGGUACGUGGCAAAUGAGACAUUUGAAGAGUUUCUUUGAAGCUAAAAAACUUGUGUGAUUAAAAUUAGUUGAUAAGUUAUUAUAUUAAGAGACUGGUAUAAUCAGUUGUGUAAUGCUGUACAGUACGUCAAAGUAAUUGAUGUUACAAUAAAGAUCGAGUAAUGAACUUUCAAUAAAUAGUGUAAGAUUGAUAGAUUUCCUUGUAAUAAUAACUGUUAAUAAAAUUUUGUAACGAA